AUGACAGAUGCGGAAACCGCGGAUACGGAGACCGCGGAUAUCGAGGUCACUGGAGCUGACAUGGCUGAUGCAGAGACUGCCCAUGCCGAGAUCGCCCAGCCGGAGACCACUCACAUAGAGAUCGGCAGUGGGGACACCUCAAUCAAGAACACGGUCGACAAGAGAUCCAAGGCGUCUGCUAAGAGACUCAGAAGGUCUGAGCCCCCCUUGAGCGGCAUUUCCAAGGCCAAGACAAAGGCCAGAACUUCGAAGCCCAUGGAGACACGACAGGCACUCCUGGAGACGGCAAUCAAGUUGGAGCUGAGCGAUUCGGAGCUGAAGGUGGAGCCCAUGAAGAUGGAGCCAUGA